UUGAAGCAGAUUGCUUGCUUCCUGCUCCAAGCACCUAGCGUUGUCCUUUGCGGUCUGUGCUACAUGUGAUUUGGUUCUUAGACGCCUCUACGCCUCCCGACCAUCCCCUCCUCAGCCUCACCACCAUCCUUCGUGACCGUUUCCCCUCCCCUCCCUCCCUUUUGAGGGUGCCCGCCGUCAGCAAACAAGUCAGUCGAGAGCUUCCGGUUUACACCUUCCCCGGGCAUUUUGGCGGUUCUGAUAGCGCUCGUGAUAUUUUCAACGAACUCAAUGCAGUCCUCCAUCCCUCAUUCCAAUUGCGACAGGUGAUACGCCCUCCUCUCUUGCGGCUAGAUGGAGCUCUAUGGCGUCCGGACAUAACUCAGCGUUCUCCGCGACAUCUAUCCAGCACCGCGCUCUGGGUGAUGGACGGUCCUAUAACAGCUUGGAUGAUGGCCCCGCAGAUGGUAGUUGGGCCGAGGCCGCUUCGAGAACUGGGCGAAAUGCUCGCUCGGAGUCUGGAGGCAGCGCGACUAUUGGUCUCCGGGGAGGGUCAUUAGCCCCUUCUUCUGGGGCCCCUGGUAGCUUCAGCUCCGAACUGAAAAGCAUGAAGACGUCGCGGAGUACUACCCCUCGACCGGAUGGUGGCCCUGCGCGACGACCGAGCAGCUUCCUCGAGCACGAUGAUCUGUCCAGCACGGAGGAGCGCCAGGCCGUGAUCCGGGACAAGAUUGCGAAAGAGAUGAAAAUCAAGACGGGGACGGAAAACAUGCUCGAAGCGCUUCUGGCGAAGAAUCCGAAACAUACAAAAGAUCAGAGGUUAAGGGUGGAAUCGGAGCUGAGUUCGUCCAACCGCAAGCUUGCCGAACUACAACAUGAACUCGAGGAGGAGAUGCUACGUGCGCAGGCGCCGUCCACCCCUCCCCGCAGUCGCCUCUCGAGUCUAUUCCAAGGCGGUUCGAUGCGUUCACCGACUCGCAACAAUGUGACCCUCGAUGACCACCAGGUCCAAGAAGGAGAAGCAGAAAUGGAAUCGCCGACGUACGUGCUUGCGGAAACACUACAAGCUCUAGAAAUCGAGGGGAUGUCCCCGGAUUAUUACGUUGAGCGUGCAAAUAGCCUGGUGGAACUGUUCAAAAGGCAUCCCACCCUGAAAUAUGACUUGGAGUGGUCUGUGUUCGGGUUACGCGUGCAAAUCAUGCUCUUGAGCGACAGCAAGGAAGCCGUAGCCGCCGGUUAUCGUUUGACUCGGUAUGCUAUUGCAGAUCGGAAGUCCCUGCAAAUAAUCCGGUCAUUACAUACCGAUGAGCUGGUCAUCUUGUCCCUUGUGAAAGAGAGCAAGGCGAGCAUCGAGCGUGAACAGGCCUUGAAGUUUGUCAGGGCAUUCCUCGAUGUGAAGGAUGGUGUGCAUGAAAUCUCGCGUGCCGUUGUCAGAACGAUUGUCUCGGUCGCCGAACAUUACGAGGACCGCCUGCGCAAUAUCUCCAUCAUGACGUUAGCUGAAAUCUUGGUCAAGGACCCGGCACUAGUUGCAUAUUCUGGAGGCUUUGCUACCCUGCAUGAUGCCCUAGCAGAGGGGACUUUUGGCGCCUCGGAGAGUCUGAUCGCGAGCUUUCUUCAUGUUCUAGACACCCCUCACAGCAGGAAGCAUCUUCGAGGAGGUUGUGAGCUAGAAGCUGUUCUCGCCCCGUUUACAGACUCUUUAUCGGACUCUGUCCGCAAUGGGCGCCUUAAAUCUUCGGCCAGGGCGAUCUCUGCCAUGCUCAAGACAUGGCCUGGAUUGAUCGUGCUCGCAAGAAAUGGCGCAAAGCCUUUACAGUCACUUUUGGACUCGCUACAUUACCCUGACCCGCAGGCAAGGGAUCUUAUCAUGGAGCUUUUGUUCGAUGCCUUGAGGAUAAAGCCGCCUUCAUGGUCAUCGUCGUUUCUCGCUGGUCGGAGACUUACGACUUAUGGAAGAGUGGCUAACCUCCGGACUGAGACGGAUCCCAAACACGUCCGAGGCUUUUUUGACGACGAUGGGAAUAGGUUCGACCUGACAGCGCAUUUCUCGACAUUGAUUCUUGCCACCCUUGUGGACGCAGGAUUGUCCAAGGCUCUCUCUGAUCUUAUUGAGGAUGAAACGGAUCUGUCUCUAAGACGGAAGGCAACUCUGCUCCUAACUGAAGUCUUGAAGCUGGCACAUCACUCUCUACCUCAGCAUAUCAGCGCAAAACUUCAGGUCCUUCCGCACCUGCUACCAGCCGCCAUCAAAUUCGAUGUGGAAAAUCACGACGUCUCCACUUCAACGAUCUACCAGAUCGAGAGCAUAAAUAGGACGUUGGCCCGCUCCGUAGGAGGCGUCUCCAAUGGGGCUCAACGUUAUAAUGUCGACGUUGACAUUUCUGCCUCUCUUCUCUCUGGCGACCAAGGCAAGGAGAAAAUGAACCCUGCUAUGGAUGAGACUCAGUUUCGAAAUGCGAUCCUGGAGACGCAUGUUCUAAAUACCGUGAACUAUCUCAAGUGGAAAUGGGACUUGAUCCAUCGCAUUGUUGAGGGUCCUCUGACCAAUCCCAAGAGGCUGGAGGAAGCCAUUAAGGGCUCAAAGUUCAUGAAGCGGCUGAUGGGUUUCUACCGGCCAUUUAAGUAUAGGUUCUCCAUGCUGCCAAAUACCAAACCGAACCAACGUUACGUCCGAACGGGUUGCGCGUUGAUGCGCACACUGGUGCAACUUCCAGAGGGCACGAAAUAUCUAGCUGAGAACAAGUUUCUGAGGCAGGUUGCGGAGUGUCUUGCUCAAGUCGAUCGUAUGAGCGGAUUGACAUCGUCCUCGCCCCUAUUCUCAAGAGAACAGAUGGCCAACACGUCAAGUGGCGGAUAUUUUGCUAUGCUAGGAGUCCUCAGUGGCGAUGCGAACGGCCUCGCCAUGAUGGAGCGUUGGCACAUGCUCAACAUGUUCUACCAUAUCAUCGAGCUUCGGGAUCGAGACGAUCUCAUCCAGACCCUGCUCGGUAACAUGGACUAUGCCCAAGAAAGCCACCUCAGGGUCAUCCUAUCCAAGGCCCUCACCACUGGCUCCAAGGAGAUUCGAAUAUUUGCGACCAAGCUCCUUAGAAAAUAUGCGGUGGGAAAUGUUCCUCUUUCCUCUCAGUCACCCACUGGCAAUGCGGAUUGGGUGGUCAAGCUUCUCGUGACACAGCUGUACGAUCCCGACGUGUCUGUCUGUCAAGUAGCUGUGAAGAUUCUCGAGGAGGCAUGCAACCAGCGUCACUACCUUGAGUUCGUGGUCAAGUGCCGGCCUUCCCUCGAUCAUCUUGGUGAAAUCGGCGCGCCCCUGCUCUUACGGUUCUUGUCCACUUCGGUAGGAUACCACUAUCUAGAUGGGCUUGACUACAUCACACAAGAGAUGGAUGAUUGGUUCCUGGGUCGUAACGACGCAUACGUGGGACUGGUCGAAGCCGCGCUUUCGCGUGCCUACGUGGAUCAACCGCGCAGAAGUAGCUUUGUGCCCGAGGACCUCGUGGAUCUGCAGGAUAUUGGGCUGGUACCACCCCAUUUCUAUAGAGAACUCGCUCGAACUGCAGAGGGAUGCAAGCUUCUGGAGCAGUCAGGCCACUUUAAUGAGUUCGCGUGGACCAUUCGGGAUUUUCAGCUGGAUGAAGAAGACACAGAGGCACUUCUCAAAGUCAAAGGCUGCCUUUGGGCCGUUGGCAACGUUGGAUCCAUGGAACUGGGGGCGCCGUUCCUGGAGCCUGACAUUGUCCAGCAUAUUGUCAAAAUCGCUGAGAGUGCAGAAGUUCUGACGAUGAGGGGGACCGCAUUCUUCGUGCUGGGCUUGAUUUCUCGCAGUCGACAUGGUCUCAAGGUCUUGAGAGAUUUCGGAUGGGACUCUGCUCUCGACCACAAGGGAAACUCUUUGGGUCUAAGCCUUCCGACCGACUUCAACAAGCUCUUUCUGGUCGAUUUCCCGAGCCACUCUAGAAACCCCGAAUCGAAGCGCACGUCUCAAGAGAAAUUCAAAGGAGCGGCUAUGGAUCCAGAUCCGAGCAACCAAAAGAUCCUGAAGUUGAUUGUCGACAUGGGGAAUACGGUUUUGUCCAAAAGGGCUGCGGCAGACCUCCAUAGCAUCAAGUCGAAACAGCCCGACCGGUUUCAUCAGCCUCACCUUUUCCGCAAGACCCUCAGCAUCCUUGAGAGCCACCAUUUCCGAUUGCCUGCUCGCCGCUUUGCUCUGGACCUCUUUGACAAGAGUGUAAUGCGACGCAUAGUCUUGGACGACGAUUCCGAUUCCGAGUCGGAGGCGUCAUCUUCCCAAGUAUCAAGCUGAUUGUGUUGCCGCCCCAGAGGCUAGGCCACAGGGUCGACCUUGCAUUUGCUCUCGUCUUGGAAAUCUUCUUUCUCAGCCACCUUUCUUUCUGUCUUCUUGGCUAUGGCGUUGGAUGGUUCCGGUCAUGAGCAACGAAGGAUGUUAGCAUAUCAUGUUCUGCUCUUCUACCUGAUUUUCCGGCCGUUUGUGUCGGGACCCGAUACCUUUAUCUUUUUGCCUUGCUUGCAUCAGAUGAGAGUUUCAUCAUGGGUCUGUGGAAUUCUCUAUCCAUUAUCGCUGUCUUAUGAUGAAUGCCCUGCCUCUGGCACAUGUACUGUACAUACAUAAACACUUUAUCGAUGUCCAUGGAGAUUACC